UCAUUCAGUCUUGGGGAUUCCUCUAUCUGCCUGUCUGAACACGGCAUGCUGGGAUGUGCCAUGGGCAACACACAGACAGAAAUCAAGGAAAAAGAAAGCGGAGAUUGUUUAUAGAGGAAGAGAGUGGUAAACUGAGAGUCAGAGAGAGAGAGAGAGAGAGAGAGAGAGAGAGAGAGAGGUCACGCUGGUUUAAAGGCGGACGGCACACAUUUCUGAGGCGUCUGGUUCAGGAUGGACAACAUGAUGCUGCAGGAGAAACUGGUGGAGAAACUUCUGUGUCCCCGAACCAGAACCACCCGACAGAAGGACAAGCAGUAUGUCGGCUUUGCCACGCUUCCUAAUCAGGUCCACAGGAAGUCGGUGAAGAAGGGCUUCGACUUCACCCUCAUGGUGGCAGGUGAAUCUGGAUUGGGCAAGUCUACUCUAGUUAACAGCCUCUUCCUCACAGAUCUCUAUAAAGACAGGAAAUUACUAAAUGCAGAAGAGCGUAUUAAUCAGACAGUUGAGAUCACCAAACACACGGUGGACAUUGAGGAGAAAGGAGUCAAACUCAAACUCACUAUUGUGGACACGCCGGGGUUUGGAGACGCGGUCAAUAAUAAUGAAUGUUGGAAGCCCAUCACAGACUACAUCGACCAGCAGUUUGAGCAGUACUUCAGAGAUGAGAGCGGACUGAACAGAAAGAACAUACUAGACAACAGAGUGCACUGCUGCCUGUACUUCAUACCACCGUUUGGACACGGUUUGCGGCCGGUGGACGUGGAGUUCAUGAAGGCUCUACAUGAGAAAGUGAACAUCAUUCCUCUGAUCUCUAAAGCCGACUGUCUCACGCCGAACGAAGUGAAAAAACUCAAGGACAGGGUGCGAGACGAGAUCGAGCGCUUCGGGAUUAAAGUGUAUCAGUUUCCUGAGUGUGACUCUGAUGAAGAGGAGGAGUUCAAACAGAUGGACAAAGAGCUGAAGGAGUGCACUCCGUUUGCUGUCAUUGGCAGUAAUGCAGUGGUGGAGGCCAGAGGUCAGAGGGUCAGAGGUCGUCUUUACCCCUGGGGUAUCGUGGAAGUGGAGAAUCAGUCUCACUGUGACUUUGUGAAACUGAGGAACAUGCUGAUUCGCUCUCACAUGCACGACCUGAAAGACGUGACGUGUGACGUGCACUACGAAAACUACAGAGCCCACUGCAUCCAGGAGAUGACCAGUAAACUUGCACAAGAUAACCGUACGGAUAGUCCGCUACCCAUCCUGCCUCUGCCAACACCAGACGGAGAGACGGAGAGACUCAUCAAGAUGAAGGAUGAAGAGCUGAAGAGAAUGCAGGAGAUGCUGGAAAAGAUGCAACAACAGAUGCAUGAGAAAGACCAGUGAUGCUGCCUGACACACACACACACACUACAGCCCUCACUGCACCCCUCAGAUGUGAAUGCAUUUAAAUGAUACUGUACAAAUAUCAUAUCUAGAGGUCUGACCACCAGAUACGCUCUGUUCAUCUGCUCGGUGCUUCUGUCUGCCUGGAUCAAAUAUGGUGCAGCUGUUAUGUGAUUCAUCAUGUGUUCAUGAGGAGCGUACAUAAACCUGUUUACCAUUAACUUAAAUUAACUUCUAAAGGGAUCUAAUUUAUAUUGACUUUUUUUUUUAUUUGCUUAGCAAGACGAAUGCGUGUGUAAGUUGUUUUCUGACAGUGCAGGGAGAGCGAAAGAGAGUGUGUGAGGUCCUUUUGCUAUGAAUUUGUUGGGUUCAAUGGCAGUUUUGGUUUUUAUAGUGAAUGUGAACAUACAGCUCCAAUAAUUGUUAUCUCUAAACAUACUCAGAAUGCUGUUUUUUGCUUGUUUUAUAACAAUAAUAAUUGGAAUAAAAUCUAUUCCAUUAUUAUCAGUGUUAAUGGCCUUUAAUAAUUUAAUAAUUUAUAUUAUUAUCAUGUCAAUUGUUUAUGUAAAGCUUGCUAAUAAAUGUGAAUAAUUUA